CGUAGUCUAGGAUUUAAGUGUGAUUCGUUUGGUUUCUUCUCCCUCUAUUCUUCUCCUCUUCUGCUUAUAUAGAGAAUAGAGCCAGAGAGGGAGGGGGGAGAGGGACUCCUUACAACCUCAUUCUUCUUACAUCUUUCUGUCAUAACGAGCCUACACACACACACACAUGUAGGAGAGUGUGAUUGGAGUUUUAAGUGUUAAAGAGGCUACUGAAAAUGGAUUUCUCGGCAUCUCAAUGUAGCAGUGGAUGCGAAUCAGGUUGGACUCGGUACUUAGACCAAUCCUCACUUUCAGAAAAUCAAUUCCACAGAGAUGGCGGUAUGGAUGAAUAUAGAGGAAAAGGAGAAAAAAUGGAGGAGAAAGAAGAAGAUUUAUCCUUGGUCUCUGAUGCUUCAUCUGGGCCUUCACAUUACCAUGAAGAUGAUGAAGAGUCCAUUCAUGACUAUGGGUUUCCCCUUUAUUCUUCUACAGCUUCUGAGGAGGCCCGUAAAAACAAAAAGAAAAAGAAGGCCAAGGCCAAAGAAUCUGGCAGACACCGACAGCAUUCAAAUCUUGAUGAUACUGCCAGUUCUCCUGCAUUGAACUUUCCAAAGGUUACAACUCACUAUGGGAAUGAAGAUUCAAUGAAGAAUUUAAUGAACUUCUCUCAGGGUAAUUUCUCUGCAACACAAUUUGAGGGAAAAUCUGCAUUACAGGAGAAUUUUAUUUUCUUGAAGUCCUUUGCUGAAAAACCAGCUUCAGAAGAACCAGGUGGUUUCCGUGGAAGAAAUUGGAAAUGACAUCUUUUGUCGUGGAUGCUGCAGCACUGCAGUUGCUGUGGAGAGAGAGAGUGAGAGAGAUGAGAGGGCUGUAAAAGAUGUCACUAGAUCUCAAAAGGAUAUUGCUUCUCCUUUUUCUCCUUUUGUUUUUGUUUCAGUUUUACUGCUUUUUCUCUGUGAUUGACAAUGCAGUGGGAAACAACCUGAGAACACAAAAAAUAAAAGAUUUUCCUGUCCUCA